AUGGUCUCUCAGACUCGCUCACAGGCUGUGCGUCAGUCGCUGCAUCUCCUCAUAUCCCCUCCACAUCCCAAUUCCAAGGUUGCUGUCGCCCCUCAGACCCCUGAUUCGGCUCCUUUGGUCGUUCAAUCCGACAAUAUUAGCCCUCCACCGAGCCCCCAACAACCCGAUUCCGUCAUGUUCUCCGUACUUUGCCAAUACGACUUUGAAGCCCAAGAAUCCGGUAUGCUAUCGUUCAGGAAGGGGCAGAUAUUAGAUGUUGUCAAACGUGAUGGGACGGGCUGGUGGGCAGCCAUGCCGAAAGAAGGUACCGUCGUGGGCUGGAUACCUCAGGCCUUUGUUCGUGCUCUUUCUAGCGAUAUGGCUGAUCGGUUACGAAACUUGGGCGAAGAGUUUCGAAUACCUGAAUUCGAGGCCGAAGAGCUCUAUAACAACACACACACCUACGAGAGCGGCGCACAUGUUUUUGAUUCCGAUUCUGACAGUCCCACAUCUGCUACUUACGAAGACUUCUUCAAGUCGCAUUCUAGUUCUUCGAUUGCCACAUCCUAUAAUUCAAAAGAUACCCCAAACAAGGUCGAAGGCCGAACAAUACCCUCCACUUCACAGUCGUCAUCCUCUUCAUCACGGCGGUGCCAACAACUACAUCCGCCACCAUCUCCGUCAUCGCCCAUGCCUAUACCCCCUGCCGGAGUUUCGCGGUCUAUAUCGCUUGAUAAACCUACUCCACUGACACCUCCGCCAGACACCGAUAGCCGAGCGAGAGCGGGUUCCCUGUCCAACCGUCAUAUUCGUCGGCGACCUGUCAUGGUCAACGAUGACCCAACAUUGCGGCAGUUGUCUACUCUUAUUGAAACCCAGGACUUGAAGAAGAUCGAUGAAAUAGCAAGUCCAGACAUCACUGGUUCAUUCGAUGCCAUGUUCAAGAGCACGCGGCAGGACCAGCUUCGCCGAAAACCCAGCCAGACAAUCAAACAGAUGACGAAGAAAAAUUACAUACCGACAAUAUCCAUUUGUAAACCUCGCUAUUUCAAGCCACAAUAUGCCGAUCAGAUUGAUGAGGAUGACAAGGGGCACAUACGCUUUGCAUCAAUACCAGCUCUAAUUGAACGACUAACGCUAGUUACAGGAAGUAACGAUCUUACAAAACAAACCGAAGGCAAUUCCUUCACAAAUGUUUUUCUUACAACCUUUCGGACGUUCAUGACUGCAGAUCAACUUUUCGAGCUACUCAUUGACAGGUUCAAUUUGAGACCCCCCAAAUCACUAAUAGAAACUGAGUACGAGGAUUGGUCGACAAAUCUUCGAGAACCCGUUCGUCAAAGGGUUCUUGAAGUUUUUGAACUAUGGCUAUCGAAGCACCGUCUUUUGGAAGAGGAACCUCACAUUGGACGAGCUCUUGGCGCCUUUCUGAGUAAUUUGGGCGGUACACAUGCAGAGAUGGCUAUCAAGCUAGCAAAGGAGAUCGCACAAUCGUCAUCAGUCCUCCCAUCUUCAUCGUUGCGUGCUGUUUCUCCGAGCAAAACCAAAAUGGCCAAAGCGCAAAGGAUCGACCUACUUAAACUGGAUCCCAUACGCGUAGCAGAGCAACUCACUCUCUGGGAGUAUGCCUUGUAUAUCAAAAUAACUCCACAACAAUGUCUCUCUUAUGCGAAAGCCAAGGCAAGAACUAAUCCAGACCCCGCGUUCGCCAAUUUACAGGAGUUUUGUGCUACUCAUGACAAGCUCAACGGAUGGGUAAAGAAAACUAUCCUCAUCUCCGACUCCCUUCCCAAACGAGCAGACACCGUCGAAUUCUGGAUCAAAGUCGCCGAAAAGUGCCGAACGUUGAACAACUUCUCGUCCAUGAGUGCUAUAAUCAUAGCCUUGUCCAGUAUGGACAUCAAAGAUCUACAUCUGACUUGGUCGCACGUACAUCGGAAAUCACAACUAGAUCACUUGCUGCGGCACAAUGAGCCCACAGGCGGUUUUGCUGGGUAUCGCAAUUUAGCCCAAAAGGCCGAAGGUCCCUGUGUGCCAUUUAUAGGGAUGUACUUAACUGACCUUGUACAUGCAAACGACCAACAUAAACAAGCCGAUGGUCGAGUUUGCUUUUUCCAGAAAGCGCGGUGGUAUGAAAUCAUCACCAAUAUGCUGAAGUUCCAAACUCGGACGUACAAACUCGUCACCAGUGAGUCAACGACGCUAUUCAUUGAAGCGCAGCUUCGUGACGUCAGAGACAAGGAUUGGUUUUGGAAGAGGAGCAAGGAGCUUCAGCGCAGCGAAAUGGCGCAUGCAGACAUCAGGAAAGGUCUAGAGGCUGCAGGCUUCUGA